GUACAAACAUGGAGACUGGGUCAGUGGUCCGAGCCAUCUUUGACUUCUGCCCCAGCGUAUCGGAAGAACUGCCGCUCUUCGUGGGAGAUGUUAUUGAGGUGUUGGCAGUGGUUGAUGAAUUCUGGCUUCUAGGAAAGAAGGAGGAUGUCACAGGACAGUUCCCCAGCAGUUUUGUGGAAGUCGUGACCAUUCCCAGUCUAAAAGAGGGAGAGAGGCUGUUUGUCUGCAUCUGUGAAUUUACGUCCCAGGAACUGAACAGUCUUUCCCUCCACCGAGGUGACCUGGUGAUUCCUGAUGGCGCACCCACUUCAGGCUGGCUGCAGGGCCGGAGCUGCUGGGGUGCCCGGGGCUUCUUCCCCUCCUCGUGCGUCCGCGAGCUCUGCCUGUCGUCGCAGAGCCGCCGGUGGCACUCACAGAGCGCCCAGCUGCAGAUGCCGGAGUACUCCAUGGGGCAGGCUCGGGCCCUGAUGGGGCUCUCCGCCCAGUUGGAUGAGGAGCUGGACUUCAGGGAAGGGGACGUGAUUACCAUUAUUGGGGUUCCCGAACCAGGCUGGUUUGAAGGGGAGCUUGAGGGCCGAAGAGGCAUUUUCCCAGAAGGUUUUGUAGAGCUCUUGGGGCCCCUGAGGCCUGUGGAUGAGUCGGUAAGUUCUGGAAAUCAGGACAGCCGCAUUACGAAUGGCAAGGUCGAUGCUGCUGUGGAUGAAGAGAGAGGGCCAGAGGAGGACAGCGAGCAGCCGGGGACCUAUGGGGUCGCCCUGUACAGAUUCCAAGCCCUGGAGCCAAAUGAGCUGGAUUUUGAAGUAGGGGAUAAAAUCCAAAUUCUGGCGACCUUGGAAGACGGCUGGCUGGAAGGGUCCCUGAGGGGCAGGACAGGCAUCUUUCCGUACCGCUUUGUAAAGUUAUGUCCUGACGCAGGGGUGGAGGAGACCGUGGCUCUGCCCCAGGAAGGCCUUCCCAAGGGCCCUGAAACUGCCGUGGAUUCUUUGGAGAACUCCUUCCCAGUGGAGGAACGAACACAUGACCCUCAUGAGUGUGAAGCGGAGAAGCCCAGCUGUGUUCCUGAAGCACCCGCCUUUCCCGGCCGCCUGACCCCUGAGCAUGAAGUCGGCAGAAGCUUGUACUGGGAAGAAGGCUCCUCUGGAGGGCCCCCCAGAAGCCCAGGUGUGGAGCAUGGACAGCUUCCGGCCACAGGCUCUUCCACUCCGAGUCCUUCGGAGGUGGUCAAUGGGAUUUCCUCCCGACCUCAGGUACCUUCUCAUCCCCGAGUGCAGAGAAAGCAGUGUUACUCGGCCGCAGAAGGGAGCUUUCCGAGCCCCGAGCAGUACUGCGACCUUCCUCCUCCAGAAGCACGGCCGAGCGGUUACUGCAGCCUACCUCCCAAGGGAACGCAUUCCCAGCCGAAAGCCCUGCGGAAGCCAGCACCCCCUCUGCACAGGGGCGCAUCCCUGUCGCCCUCCAGGCUAGUCAAGCCCAGCCAGCUGAGCUCCCAGCUCCAGGGCAUGGUGAGGUAUGCUAAAAGGCACCGCAUCCCCAAGGAAAACGCGUCCAACCUUUGUUCGGCGCCAGAGAGAUCCGAGAUGAGGCCUGGUCCCCAGAGCCAGGGUCCUGCCGUGGAAGGAACGGCCCUGUCACAGGGAGAUGGCAGCCUGGACCUGGAUUCAAAGUUGACACAGCAGCUGAUAGAGUUCGAGAAGAGCCUAUCGGGGCCUAGCGCAGAGCCGGAUAAAAUCUCACGCCACUUUUCAAUCAUGGACUUUAACUCCGAGAAGGACAUUGUCCGAGGUUCCUCGAAGCUCAUCACCCACCAGCAGCCACCGGAGAGGAGGAAGGCCCUCAGGCCACCGCCGCCCCGUCCCUGUACUCCAGCAUCCAUUUCUCCCCACUCGCUGGUCGGCCAGAACCUGAACCCCGCACCACCCUUGGCCGUGCGGCCCUCGCGCCCGGCUCCCCUGCCUCCCUCCGCCCAGCAGAGAGUGAAUGCCGUGUCCCCCAGGCUCCUCACCUCUCCUCGCCCCAGCUGCGAGACCCCGGGAAAGGACAGCCCCGAGCAUACGGAGAAGGGCGUGGACCCGACCUCCCCGUGCCCCUUGGUACUGGUGAGGAUUCAGGAGAUGGAAGAAGACUUGGAUAUGUACAGCAGGGCUCACGAAGAGCUCAACCUGAUGCUGGAGGAGAAGCAAGACGAGUCGCUGAGGGCAGAGACCCUUGAGAAUCUCGAGUUCUACGAGAGCAACAUUGACAGUCUGAACAUGGAAAUCCAGCAGCUUCGAGAAAUGAUGCUUCUCUCCCAGUCCUCAUCACUGCCUCCUUCUGGGUCUGUGUCCACCGAAAACCCAGAGCAGAGGAUGCUGGAGAAGAGAGCCAAGGUGGUAGAAGAACUUCUGCAAACAGAAAGAGACUACAUUCGGGAUCUGGAGAUGUGUAUCGAACGGAUCAUGGUCCCGCUGCAGCAGGCACAGGUGCCAAACAUUGACUUUGAGGGACUCUUUGGAAACAUGCAGAUGGUGAUUAAAGUCUCAAAGCAAUUACUGGCUGCUCUGGAAAUCAGCGACGCUGUAGGGCCCGUGUUUCUGGACCAGCGGGAUGAACUGGAGGGGACGUACAAGGUGUACUGCCAGAACCACGAUGAGGCCACCUCGCUGCUGGAAGUCUACGAGAAGGAUGAGAAGAUCCAGAAGCAUCUUCAGGACUCCUUGGCAGACCUUAAGAGCCUGUACAGUGAAUGGGGUUGCACAAAUUAUAUUAACCUGGGCUCCUUCCUCAUCAAACCGGUCCAGAGAGUGAUGCGUUACCCGCUGCUGCUGAUGGAGCUGCUGAACUCCACACCGGAGUCCCACCCAGAUAAAGGGCCUUUAACCAGCGCAGUCCUCGCAGUCAAGGACAUCAACGUCAACAUCAAUGAGUAUAAACGGCGGAAGGAUCUGGUCCUCAAGUACCGGAAGGGUGACGAGGACAGCCUGAUGGAGAAGAUCUCCAAGCUGAACAUCCACUCCAUCAUCAAGAAAUCCAACCGGGUCAGCAGUCACCUGAAACACCUCACUGGCUUCGCCCCUCAGAUAAAAGAUGAAGUAUUUGAAGAAACAGAAAAGAAUUUCCGAAUGCAAGAAAGGUUGAUAAAGUCUUUUAUCAGAGACUUGUCUCUCUACCUCCAGCAUAUCCGGGAAUCGGCGUGUGUGAAAGUGGUGGCUGCCGUGAGCAUGUGGGACGUGUGCGUGGAGAGGGGACACCGAGACCUGGAGCAGUUCGAGAAGGUGCAUCGCUACAUCAGUGACCAGCUCUUCACACACUUUAAGGAGAGGACAGAGCGGCUUGUCAUCUCUCCCCUCAACCAGUUACUGAGCAUGUUCACGGGGCCGCACAAGCUGGUGCAGAAGCGCUUCGACAAGCUCCUGGACUUCUAUAACUGCACGGAGCGGGCCGAGAAGCUGAAGGACAAGAAGACCCUGGAGGAGCUGCAGUCAGCCCGGAACAACUACGAGGCCCUGAACGCCCAGCUGUUGGACGAGCUGCCCAAGUUCCACCAGUACGCCCAGGGCCUCUUCACCACCUGCGUCCACGGCUACGCCGAAGCCCACUGCGACUUCGUGCACCAGGCCCUGGAGCAGUUAAAGCCGCUGCUCUCGCUACUGAAAGCUGCCAACCGAGAGGGGAACCUCAUCGCCAUCUUCCAUGAAGAGCACAGCAGAGUCCUGCAGCAGCUCCAGGUUUUCACCUUCUUCCCGGAGUCUCUCCCAGCUGCCAAGAAGCCUUUUGAGAGGAGGACCAUGGAGCGCCAGUCUGCUAGAAAGCCCCUCCUGGGCCUGCCAAGUUACAUGCUGCAGUCAGAAGACCUCCGGGCCUCCCUGCUGGCGCGGUACCCCCCGGAUAAGCUCUUCCAAGCGGAACGGAAUUUCAAUGCGGCUCAAGACUUGGAUGUCUCCCUUUUGGAAGGUGACCUGGUGGGAGUGAUUAAGAAAAAAGACCCUAUGGGGAGUCAGAACCGCUGGCUGAUUGACAAUGGAGUUACCAAAGGCUUCGUGUACAGCUCCUUCCUAAAGCCCUACAACCCUCGCCGCAGCCACUCGGACGCCUCCGUGGGCAGCCACUCCUCCACAGAGUCAGAGCAUAGCAGCUCCUCCCCCAGGUGCCUGCGGCAGAACAGCGGCAGCACCUUGACCUUCAACCCCGGCAGCAUGGCUGUGUCCUUUACCUCGGGGUCUUGCCAGAAGCAGCCUCAAGAUGCAUCUUCACUGAAGGAAGGUGACCAGGGAACUCUCAGUGCGUCCCCGAGCCCGAGUAAUUCAGAGUUUUCCAGGUGCCCUUCGGACCCAGAUUCCACCUCUCAGCCCAGACCUGGGGACUCUGCAGACGGAGCCAGAGACGUGAGCCAACCCGCUAUCACCCCUAGGAGCCACCGAAGCUCCAAGCAUCCAGAAGUGGUUGGUCACUCUGUACCAGGGUGGAACGGGCAAGGCAAAGACCUCGUCAGAGGGUACAGGGCAGCCCAGGCUCUGCAAAACCAGAGUGAGGAGCCAGAAGGCAGCGAGGCGGCCGGCAGCCAGGUCUAUUUCGCCGUCUAUACCUUUAAGGCGCGAAACCCAAAUGAGCUGAGCGUGUCAGCCAAUCAGAGACUCAAGAUCCUCGAGUUUAAAGAUGUCACUGGGAAUGCCGAGUGGUGGUUGGCCGAGGCCAACGGGAGGAAGGGCUACGUGCCAUCCAAUUAUAUCCGCAAGGCGGAGUACACCUGAGCCGCCCCGCAGCGUCCCGCCUGCGCUCUGUCUGCUGAAGGACCCGGUGGCCCAGGAGGGGCCCGCCCAGCACAGGCCCGUCCGCAUUGCUUAGCCACGGCAUGGCGGAGCUCGAGCUCACGCUCGUCCUCCUCGGUUGGGUUGUAGACCUUGAUGCUCGCUAGAAUUCCUAGAUUUUGAAACGGACCCUGGAGUUUACGAUUCGGUGCCCAUGAGAAGAGAGGCAAGCCCCAGGGCAGCCUUUGGAAAUGGGAACUGUCAGGUCCGGAGAUGGUGCCUGUGUGUGCAGGAAGCUGUGCGGUAGCAUUAUAGCACGUGGACGUUGGUCGUGCCAUACCGAGUUCGAUACCCAAUGCGCCAGGAUCUGCUCACCGGAAACCGGCUCGGACAAAGGCAGUAGAGCUCUGGGAGCCACAACCGGCUGCGCUUCUGCCCGCAGCCAGGAAGUUGCCGGGACUGUACCAAACCUAGUGUUUUAGGGCUUCUGAGACAUCUCCCAUGGCAGCACGCAGUCUCCCUCACACACACACUACUUAAUUUCUGAAGCCCCUGAAAUACUGCCACCUGUAAUCUUCCUUAUUUCACUUCACUCCGGACUGGGAAACAAAACUCAACGGCUGGCUUCUUUUAAGAAGCACUUAGGCUCUUUAUUUUUCUUUGACCUUUCUUCUGAAAGGUUCUCUUCCCCUGUUGGGUGCAGUCACCUACACCUUUCUGACAGUCAUCGCCACUGUCUGCAAUCUGCGUGGUGUCUCCGGUCACUGCCUGGACUCACUACCUGAUACUUUUCCUGAAAUAACAGGACCAGCGCCCCAGCCACUCCCAGAAAGUGUCAGUUCUGCCAUGAGCUGGAAGCAGUGGAGGCUGGUGGGAGGCCAGUUACACCUGCGGGUGCGUGAACACCACACACGUGACUUAGGAAUUAGGAUAAACAGUCUCCGAAGUAGCUGACCUUGGACUUCCAAAUAAGCUCUCCUUACUGCCAGCCUCCCUGCUUCAGGAGCAGUAUUCAAAGCCAGACUCGAAAGUGCCUGACAGCACCUCCCACCAGCCUCAGGAAGAUAUUUGUUAACCCCUCCCUAGACUUUCCCCCAAAAGUGCUUUCUAGAAGGUCCCCAGAUACACAGCCUAUCUUAGAAGAGGGAACUAUGAAUUCUGUCCUUUAAGAAAGGGAGUAAGACCAGCCUUGGGCCACCAAGAGCAUGGCGGUUAAGGCAACUGGAUCCCACUGUGACUGAGUCCUGGGCCCAGUGGCUUGAGAAACAAGCCGGGUACACGUGUGUGCAUGCCCAAAAUCUUGAGCGAGCAAUGGAGAAGGGAUUGUGGCGUGACCAUUCCUCACGUGGGGUGCCCGCUCACUUUCUCUUCAAUGAAUGCACAUGCCCUAUAGCAGAAUUAAAGAAAAACAAAUAAAAAGAACAGAUAUAGCCCCUUCUCCUCUAAGUCCACAUUUGGCCUUAAAAUCCUGGUGACUCGGGGAGACACCGGGACCCUGGACCUGCAGUGCCUAUGCUGAUCCUGAUCAGAAGGCAGGGAUUGCUGCGAGAGUCUCUUGUGCAGUGUUUCUAUUUAGAGAUGUUUAUAUUUGAAUAUAGUAGUUAUUUUAUAAAUAAAGGCAUUUCUAAUGGCCAUGA